AUUUUCUUAACAGUUGAUAAGAAUGUAACAACUAGAAUGAAAAAAACAUGGCAGAUAAUGAUAAUGAAGACAAUUUAGUUACAAGCAACAUGGCUGAAGACGUAACAAUAUGUGUAAGUAAUGUUCUUCCAGGAGCAAACAAAGAAAAAGAAGAAGACAAAUCUGCAAUGUCGGACAGUGAUGGUGAUGAUGUUCAAGAAAAAGAGAUUGAUGAUAAUCACAUGAAGAAAGAUGAAGAGUUUCAUGCAUCAUUAAUUUCAACAAAUGAAAAUAUUAACCAUGAAAAUGAUGAUAUUAAACAUAAUGAAGAAACUAAACAUAAUGAAAAUGCUGAUACUGGCGUUGAAUCAGAAACACAACAUGAACUUCCCCAAGAGAAUGAUGAAGAUAUAAACAAUGAAACUAAAGACAGUAGUAACAAAAAUCCAGCUGUGAGCACAAAAGGAGAUCAUGAAAUUGAAAAUGGUAGCACUGAUAACACUGUGUCACCAGAAGAGGAAAGCAUCAACAAUGACGAUUCAAACUUGAAACAUAACGCUGUGUCACCAGAAGUGGUGAAAAACAUCAAAAAUUACGAUUCAAACUUGGAAUAUCAGCUGAAGUCUAACAAUGUUUUAUUUCAGACAUACCUCGCCCAAAUCGAGAACUUAGAUGCGGAAAAUAGACAGCUAAAAGUUGACUUAGCUAAAUAUGAGAGCUCCACAGGUGAAGAAACUAGAGUAGGAGAAGAACAUUCAAGGUCUGAAGAAGAAAGCAACACUGUUGAAUCUAAAUUCCAGCAAAAAAUAGCAGAAUUGAAAGAGGAAACAAGUAGCUUACAAGAAAAACUUUCCGAAAGUCAAAAACAAUACACAGAAGCUAUAUUAGCUCUAGAAGAAGUUCAAAAUGCUUAUGGUGAUGAGAGGGACGUAGUGUUGCGAAAAUACGAAAGAGAAGUAGUAAUGCUGCAGGAGAAAGUAAGGAUGCUAGAAGAAAAUGAAGGUGUCAUUACUAGACUACGGCAAGAAGUGUUGGACAUCCAACUUCUGCUAGAGAAAACAAAGAAAUCGCACAAGGAUCAAUUGGCUGAAAAUGAAAGGUCACGUGCAGAGUUGAAGCAGCAGAUGGAAGAAUCGAAUGAAAAAGCAAGUAUACACACAGAAGCUGUCCAUGCUGCACAAGAUGCUCUUGCUGCCUCUGAAAAACUAGCCAAUGAACGUAUGGAGAAGAUAAUUCAGCUGAAUACUGAACUUGUUUUAGUAAAUGACAGCUUGAAGCUGCACCAAGAAAGCUGUAGUGCAAAAAAUGCAGAAAUUGAUGAGCUAAAGAAACAACUUUACAGUUCAGCAGAAAUGUUGGAAAAAGAGCACACAUCAAAAAUCUCACUUUCAAAGCAACUAGAAGAAGUUUCAAAUUGUAACCAUGAGAUGAAAGGACAAUUGGAAGACCUUAAAUAUGAAAUGAAACUAAGAGAGAUGAAAAUCAAAUUCUCCAAAAAGCAAGUGAAGAGUUUAGAACAAGAAAAACAGAAAGCGGACUCCCUCAUGUUCGUUCUUCCUGAGAUGCAGAAAAAAAUUGAAUUGUUAGAAAAAGAAAACCAACGCCUACAACAGAAGGUACAAUCACACGAUGAGAAAGAACAGGAGAGGAUCAAUAAAAUAGAAAGUGAGAGAAGAUUUGCAGAGAAACAAAUGCAGAAUGAAAAAGGGGAGUGGGAACGAAAUACUCUUGGUAUAGGUCAAUGUGUUUUGGACCAUGAAGGAGACGAUUCACAGUUUGAUUUGUCCGACAGUUUUAGUAGACCAAGAAGUGCUCCCUUGUUAAAGCCAAGACCACCUACAGCAAAAAGAGAGAACUAUGGGCAGUACAAGAGUCUUCAUAAAGGCGCAAGAACUUUAAGCCCAACUUACUUAAGACGCUCUAUAGAGGGUCGGCAUGCAGCAGAAAAAGUUCGGCUUAGUCACAAGAAAAUCAUAUUCGCUAACAAGAAUAAAAAAAAUCAGUACCAAUCGGUUUCUGAACCAAUUCAGCUAAACAAUUCAUUUAACUAUGGCGAAGAGAAAAGCUUACCAAUAUCAUCCAAGUAUAAUCCACACCCAAACAUGUCACCAAGAGUGUUGGUAUGGGGAAAUAGUCACGAAGGGCCUGGGAAGAAGUUGGUGGCAGUGGGUGAUCGAGUAUUGACAAAUGUUUUGCAAGAAUGCGCACAACAUGGUCGAUCGCAACGAGAACAUACAGGCGUGAUUAAAUUCAUUGGUUUCAUUGAAGGGAACGAUAAAGAUGUUUACAUUGGCGUCAGGCUAGAUGAUAAAGUCGGUACGACAGACGGCAAAAUUGAAGGGCGUCGUUAUUUUCGUUGUGAACCGAAACGAGGAAAAAUUGUUCAUCUGGAUGACAUUGUGAAAGUGUUGGAGUCUCAGUUUGGUUUUCCAUCAUCAUCAUCUAUCACUGCAACCUACUAAUAUCAUCAACUCCAUCUUUUGGCUUCAAUUACUAUAAUGGCAGCGCAUCCAAUGACAACCAAUGACUGUAGCAAAUUUUGGAUCAUGUACCUCUGGUAUCAGGAGAAACCUUCAGAUAUUUCUUCAGGACAGAUAUUGCAUGUAGCCAGGUCGGUUUGUUUCAUUUUAUAUAUUAUAUCAUGUUAGGAGCCCAGAAACUGUCACUUUUUAACCACCCUAGAGCCAUUAUGGCUUUUAUACAAGUAAUGCCAACCUUGUAGCCAGGUUGCCAUUAUGAUAACUCGUUAUGUUAUGUAUAGUGUUGUUUAUGUUCAUUCACCGCGAUAGACGAUCAUGAUACGAUCCUGCUCUAACCUGUAUAUAGUAAAUUGUAUCUGCGUGAAAAUUUGGCCCCGUGUUUUCCCUUUUUAAUCUUAUAAUAGACUAUACUUAGCUAGCCAGAAAAACUUCUUUUUUCCACAUCCAGAAUAAUAUUUGCAGGCUUGUUUUCGUAAGUUAUUGGUGAAUAUAAUUGCUUGUGGGGCAACCUCGUCCCCAGGGCAUCUUGUAUCUUUUCUGACCCUGGGACGGCGACGAGGUUGCUUGUGGGGCAAUAUUCAGGCUAUAAAUUUGGAGAAACUAUAUUCUGUAAAAGACAUGCAAAACGGUAUCUAUUACUAAUAAAACUUUUGAUAUUUAAUCUAUUUGAAACAUUUAAUCACAUGGAAAAGGAGAAAGAUAGAGAAAUAAGCAACAACAACAACACAAACUGCAUUGUGAAUAGGCUUUAUUUGUAUUAUUAGAUCAUAGUACACCAUAAACAACAACAGAUAAAUAAAAUAAAAAUAGCAAAAUUAUGAUUUUGCACAAGUAAAGGCCGCUAUAUAAAAUUUGGUUUUUACGCAGCAAUAGCUAAUUAAAAACAACACAACCUACCACAACAAGUGAAUGACCACUGAUUUAGCACAACAUUCAGUCAAAAAUAUGUAGCCCUUAUUGGCUAAGACUCUAAAAUGUUGAAUCAAACUUGGAAAUACCUAGCUGUUAUGCGAUAAACACUAACUACUUGAAAUUUUUAACAAAACAAAUCAUUUAAAAACAGAUAUCGUUAAUUACAUUUACACAUUUUGUGUCAAUCAUGAUAGCGUUGUAUAUGUAUAUAUGCUAAGUCAUUUUCGUUAUGUUGGUAGAACCACGAACAUUUUCCAUGCCUGUCAGCAUAACUUCUUUAGUGAAAUGUGAAAGACUUUCGUCAUUUCACCCAUUAAUUAAAACCAUGCUUUUUUCCUAAUUUUUAUAAUUAACAUCGUUCCCAGGAAUUAUCUCGAAAGUCUUGUCGAAGUCAUUCUCCCAAAACUAGUCACGACUAGUGUUCUCGUCUGUGGCCUUGUGGCAUUUUAAGAAAUCGUUUAAAAAGUGUUUAUUGCCAGAAGCUUUGAAUCUACAAAGCAAACAUACAAGUUGUUAUGCAGCUAUUCGAUUUAUUGUAUUGUUAUCAAAUGUCUUGUUACUUGUGGGUACCGCAAGACAACACAAGAACUUUGAGUUUGAGACAGGCCUUUUUAGAGUUGUUGAAAGUGAAACUAUAAACAGUUUCAUGCUCAAACUUGCUAGCACAGCAAUAGAAAGCUCAAGAAUCAAUGGAAUUAAAAGUAAACAGAUGUACCUGAAAACGUUGUCAUUAUAAAGUUAAUGCUAUAAUUUUGUUAACUCAAAAAAGUCUGUUUAUUUUGUCAAACUGCUUUCUUCUGCAAUCCCAGGCAACACAGAGAAUAAAUGUUUUCCAGUCAUGCUUCUUUUUAGCAACAUUGCUCAACUUCAUUCCGCAAUCAUAUAUUCAAGCCUUCCAUUUACCUGCUACAAGUCAAUACAAAACUUUCUUAGCCUUCUUUCAGUAGACAUGUUGAAUCCUACCCUAUCCAACCGACCGGCUACCGGGAGGCAAUAACAAUAGGUAGAGUAAAUUAAUUUCAAUCUUUCUUUACUGUAAAUAUCGACGACUUCGGCGGGAUUCUUCUUGACGUCACAUAUUCUUUGUUUUACAAGAGUCCAAAAGUCCACACUUCGGCGCGAUUCUUCUUGGCGUCAAAAUUAUUUGUUUGUUUAAGAGGGUCAAAAGUCCACACUUCGGCUGCCGCCGAAGUCGACUAUUUUACGGCAGAGGACAAGGAGUCGCGCAACGGUCGGCAAAAAGCGGCAAAAUGUAGUUAAACUACCGUGAAACCAGGGAGUUGAGCCUCGUAAAACACUCCUGAGUAGUUUAGAUAAGUUUUGACUCGACUCCUGGGCGCAAGGAACCUUUUUAAACGCCAAUAAAAAAAAAUUAUGCGUUGCUUUCAACCGAUUACUAGUUUAGAUCCACAUGAUCUUCUCAUUGGCAAUUUCUACUUAGGCGAUCCUACCUCACUUUAAGUUGGAUUUUUUUUAAUUUUUUUUUUUGCAAUAUGUGUCCAGUCUUUAGGGUCAAUUUUAUAAACAUUUCACAUAGCUGUAUUUCGAAUGCUACCCAAAAUUGUUCGAUCAGGCUAUAUCUUUUGUGCAAUUUGGAAAUCUGGAAAUGCUUUUAUUGUCAGUGCCCUUAAUUUAGAAUGGUUGGGCAUAUAAAUACGGUUAGGCUUCCGAUUUUAUGUAUUCCCUUUAUAUUAGGCAUUUAAAUAAGUGUCAUUGUAGAGUGAUUAAGUACAGUAUAGUCUAAGUGUAGUCUACCGCGUACGCGCUAGUGUCACACCUUUGCGUGGAGGACGGCAGUCGUUUGUCUUUUGUUAUAAUUAAAUCCCUUGAGCGUUUUGCGGCUGUGUGUUUGCGUGUUGGGAAACAAUGCGCUCGUGAAGCAAAUAAUAAAAAUCUUUCGCGAAGUUUUAUAAUACAUUGCGCGGGAAUGUAUUGUUGAUUUAAUUACUUAAAAAAAAAAAAUUCCAGCGCGUUUAAUCUAAGAAACAUUCGAGAAGCAUUGUUCACAACUAUUAAAUGCCGCUUUUCGUUUAUAAACUUUUAAAAUGCGGUCUGAAAAAAAAAAAACAUUUCUAUCGCCUCUUUUCGAUUUUAAACUUUAAAAUACGAUCUAAAAAAGCAUUUCUAUCGCCGCUGUUCGUUUAAAACUUUUAAAAUGCGAUCUAAAAAAAAAAAUUGCCGCUUUUUGUUUUUAUGUGUUUUAAUUUUACUGCAAAACUGUUGCAUAGAUUAUGUAUUAACAUUAGGAUAAGGAUGAAAAAGUUACUGUGGGACAUGGGUUUUAAACCUUAAAAAUUUCCAGGGAGAAAUUUGAAAACUAAUGAAUGACAAAAUCCCAAAAGUUUAUCUUUAAAUUUUUAAUUUUGUUAAUGUAAAAGUAAUCCAAAUGAAUAAAGUUUCUGAUAUUUUUUAUGAAGAAAUCUUCCAUAUUAGCCAUUAUACAUUUGCCCUAGAGUGAUUAAUAAAUAAGGUCAGGCUUCUAUUUUCAGAACUGCUAUUUACAUUUAACAUCAAGGUAUCCAAAACAGCUCCAUUUAGGAAAGGGCUAAGGCUGGCCCAUUGUUCGUUUUAUCAAAUGGGGAUUUUAUUACCCGAAUUGUAAAAGGCUAAUUUAUAGGCACUUGCAUGUAGUUUUCUUUUUCAUGUCUUUUUGUUAAGCCUGUUAUAGCAUGUUAAAUGAUCUCGUCGUAGUUCUCGUCAAAAAUAUUGCCUCAUAGAUAAUGAAUUUUCAUUUGGGGAAUUAGGGGUGCUGGGCUGCCCUGGGCAGCUACAAAGUGUAGAGAUGUGCGUGUACCCCUGGAAAAGUAUGGUGAAUUAAGUACAGGUGCGAGGAGAUGAACGACGGUGCACCACGCGAGCAGGACAGAUGACUGGGGAAAUAACAGCAGGCGGAUGCGGCGCUGACAGUCAGAGGUGGUGCAACAAGAGGUUAAUAACAGGUGUGAAAUGCAAAAGAAGCCAGAGCUCAUAAAAAGUAGGUUCUUGUGAGGUAUGAUAGAGGAAAUGGAAUCACAGGAGAGGAGCUCCGGAUGUGAUUGACAGAUUAGUUAAGCCAGAAAACACUACUAGGAGAAGAGCUCCGGAUGUAGUGGAGAAGAGUGAACACUACUAGGAGAAGAGCUCCGGAUGUUGUGGAGAAGAGCGAAUUUAUUGGGAACACGCACGUGAGCUUGAGACAAUAUCUUCUCUUCAGCCUAGCAUCCUCACCCGAUUCCGCCAAAUUAUCCUCAGUUUAUUCUUGCCACUAACAAUUGAUAGUGCUAUUACUGCUAUAACUCUAAAUUAAAGUACAAUCCUUAUUCAUUGAUUUUGUAUUAUUGACAGCAAUUGUAGUUAUUAUUUGUCAAUUUAAAGUUGUGUAUUAUCAGAUUUUGAAAGUUAGCUAAUAACAUGAUGGAUGGCAAAGUUGUCUCCUUUAAAAAACCCAGUUUGGGGUAAAUUGGGGAUGUCGGGCUUCCUUCGUCAGCCAAAUGGGAUGAAGAUGCGUUUGUUUCCCUAACAAAUGAAAGUGCGUUUCCACGAGAUACGCCAUAGCAGGUAGUAGGCAAUUUCCAAGCGAGUUGAAGCAAAAGAAGCUGAAAACAAAAGAAGCCAGAGCUCAUAAAAAGUAGGUUCUUGUGAGGUAUGAUAGAGGAAAUGGAAUCACAGGAGAGGAGCUCCGGAUGUGAUUGACAGAUUAGUUAAGCCAGAAAACACUACUAGGAGAAGAGCUCCGGAUGUAGUGGAGAAGAGUGAACACUACUAGGAGAAGAGAUCCGGAUGUAGUGGAGAAGAGCGAAUUUAUUGGGAACACGCACGUGAGCUUGAGACAAUAUCUUCUCUUCAGCCUAGCAUCCUCACCCGAUUCCGCCAAAUUAUCCUCAGUUUAUUCUUGCCACUAACAAUUGAUAGUGCUAUUACUGCUAUAACUCUAAAUUAAAGUACAAUCCUUAUUCAUUGAUUUUGUAUUAUUGACAGCAAUUGUAGUUAUUAUUUGUCAAUUUAAAGUUGUGUAUUAUCAGAUUUUGAAAGUUAGCUAAUAACAUGAUGGAUCGCAAAGUUGUCUCCUUUAAAAAAUCCAGUUUGGGGUAAAUUGGGGAUGUCGGGCUUCCUUCGUCAGCCAAAUGGGAUGAAGAUGCGUUUGUUUCCCUAACAAAUGAAGGUGCGUUUCCACGAGAUACGCCAUAGCAGGUGGUAGGCAAUUUCCAAGCGAGUUGCUGAGGUGUAGCCGAUUUCCAAGUGAGUCGGGGAGAUGUAGGCAAUUUCCAAGCGAGUUGCUGAGGUGUAGGCGAUUUCCAAGUGAGUCGCGGAGAGGUAGGCAAUUUCCAAGCGAGUUGCUGAGGUGUAGGCGAUUUCCAAGUGAGUCGCUCAGAUGUAGGCAAUUUCCAAGCGAGUUGCUGAGGUGUAGGCGAUUUCCAAGUGAGUCGCUCAGAUAUAGGCAAUUUCCAAGCGAGUUGCUGAGUUAGCGUUUCCACGAGAUACGCAGACGUUUCCACGAGAUACGUCUUACUAAGGGUAAGGAUGGAAACACACGCAUCUGGUUUGGGUCCCCCUGAUACCAAACCUGACAUCCCCCCCCCCUUUCCCCAAACUCAAGUGUAGUUAUGACAUGAAACAAGAGAAAUAUACUUCUAACAUUAUCUGUCAUUGUUGUUGUUUGCUUUCGUGUUGUUGCUUCAGAACCAUAGCAAUUAAAUGGUGGUGGACCAACAGUUCACCACAUCUUGCGGUUCCUGAAGUAAGUACUUAUACCUUGUUGAGAAGCUUGGCUUUGAUUGCAUUCAGUAUUCAAGUGUCAACAAAGAUGGCUACUAGCAUCAUUGAAGGAUAUACUUUAGAAACUCAAUGUUAUUCCAAAUCUAGAAUGGUAGACUAGUGAAAAGGGUGGUCACAAGGCAUGAACACUAGGGGCCCUCAAGGUAACUAACCAAUACUGUUGUAGAUCCAGGCCCCUAAGAUUGCCUUGCCUACCUAUAAAAUGGGAGCAGCUAAAGUCAACUAGUUUCCAUCAUCACAUUUUGCUAAUAGUUUGGUUUGCCCACCCACCCACCCUGUUAUUAUAUAUUUUUUAUUUUUCUUUUAUGUACAUCAAUCACUUCAUGUACUGGCAUCAAUGUCCACAACUGUCACCAUAUUAACUAAUUCUACAAUCAACCACGACCCUUAUGUUAACUCGAUAACCGGACCAUCAUCCGACACAUGACGAGUGCAUACGAUACCAAUUGAUGUAGCCCCAGAGGGUCUUCUACAACGAACUAUAACACGCAACGAUACUACCACGCAACGAUCUACAACGCAAGAUGGAGGGAUCAAUUGGCAUCAAAGACGCGCGCUCGCUCACACCAGUGCUCUUGCCUCAAGGUUUUCUUGGUGAUCCAAAUUUGGCUACUUGCGAUUGCCAAGUUUUUUGUCCAGAGGUAGAAGCACUGUUGACCCGCGCUGGUGGGGAUGUCGGGCUUCCUUCGUCAGCCAAAUGGGAUGAAGAUGCGUUUGUUUCCCUAACAAAUGAAGGUGCGUUUCCACGAGAUACGCCAUAGCAGGUAGUAGGCAAUUUCCAAGCGAGUUGCUGAUGUGUAGCCGAUUUCCAAGUGAGUCGGGGAGAUGUAUGCAAUUUCCAAGCGAGUUGCUGAGGUGUAGGCGAUUUCCAAGUGAGUCGCGGAGAGGUAGGCAAUUUCCAAGCGAGUUGCUGAGGUGUAGGCGAUUUCCAAGUGAGUCGCUCAGAUGUAGGCAAUUUCCAAGCGAGUUGCUGAGGUUUAGGCGAUUUCCAAGUGAGUCGCUCAGAUAUAGGCAAUUUCCAAGCGAGUUGCUGAGUUAGCGUUUCCACGAGAUACGCAGACGUUUCCACGAGAUACGUCUUACUAAGGGUAAGGAUGGAAACACACGCAUCUGGUUUGGGCCCCCCUGAUACCAAACCUGACAUCCCCCCCCCUUUCCCCAAACUCAAGUGUAGUUAUGACAUGAAACAAGAGAAAUAUACUUCUAACAUUA